AUGGAGACUGUGAUCAACGUCUUGCACAAUCUUGAUGAGGAGUCAGGGGAGGAAGCCAGAAGGUGUAUAGAAGAGGAGAAAAGGGCAUUUGCCGAAGCAAGAAAAAGCAUGGGCCCAGAUGAUGAAGUUUCACUGAUGUCAAAAACUGUAUCUCAAGAAUCUCUUACACCUGGAAAACUGGAAAUUAACUUUGAAGAGUUACUGAGACAAAAAAUGGAAGAGGAAAAGAGAUGCACAGAAGAGCGCAGACAAAAACUGGAAAUGGAAAAGCAUGAAUUUGAACAGCUCAGCCAAGAAAUGGGAGAGGAGGAGGAGUGUGAAGCCUUUGAGUUAAGCAGGGAAUAUGAGGAGUUAAUAAAAUUAAAAAGAAGUGGUUCAAUUCAAGCAAAGAAUUUGAAGAAAAAGUUUGAAAAAAUUGGGGAGUUGUCUGAAGAAGAAAUACAGAAAAAAAUUGAAGAAGAAAGAGCGAGGAGGAGAACUAUGGAUCAGGAAAUAAAAGAAAGGGAAGCAGAAAAUUUUCAAGAGGAAGAUGAAGUGGAUGUGAAACCAGCCACAAAAUCUGAAGCUCCAUUUACACACAAGGUCAACAUGAAGGCUCGAUUUGAACAAAUGGCAAAGGCAAGGGAAGAGGAGGAACAGAGGAGAAUUGAAGAGCAAAAAUUGCAACGCAUGCAAUUUGAACAAAAGGAAAUUGAUGCAACAUUGCAAAAGAAAAAAGAGGAGGAAGAGGAGGUUGGGAGCAAAACUUCCAAUCCCUUUGCAGUUGUGCCAGGAAAGGGAAACAUCACCGCCGUGCAAGCUCUGAAAAACCUGGUUACGUGUGCCGGCUACAUCAAGGAAUACAACAUUCUGGGGGUGCAACGCUGCUGGGACUUGCUGUCGAGUCCAAUCGAGAACUUCUUCGAAGGCAUUUUCUAUCUGGUUAGGACCUUGUUUACAUUCAAAAAAGUGCACCUCAAAGUGACCUUCGAACAGGCCAGCGCGUACUUGCGCCAUUCUGACAACAAGGAGAGGAUAGUCGGGAUGGCUUUCUUCACCGAGCUUGGCGCACUAGGCGGUCACCUGAGUGGUCUCUAUGGUAGCACCGGCCCUGGGCUCAGGGUCCUUGCUGUCCAAAGAUUCCUGGAGGCUUGA